UAGGUUCGGUACUUUUGGAGAGGAUUUGCUCCAGCAUGGCUUUCUUCACCCACCACAUCAGCAGGAGCUUCUCUUCUUCUGCUGCCAGGAAUGUCGUCAUCAAAAACGUGACGAUCAUUGGAGGAGGUCAGAUGGGUGCAGGAAUUGCACAAGUCGCUGCCUCCACCGGCCACACCGUGACGCUGGUGGACAUGUCCGAGGACAUCCUGAAGAAAUCCGUCAAAGGCAUCGAAGGAAGCCUGAAGAGAGUGGCGAAGAAGAAGUUUGCUGAGAAGCCAGAGGCAGGUGAGGAGUUCAUCCAGAAGGUGCUGCAGAACGUGUCGACCGCCACAGACCCUGCGGCUGCCGCUCCCACCUCCGACCUCGUGUUGGAGGCCAUCGUGGAGAAUCUGAAGGUCAAGCAGGAUCUUUUCGGUCGCCUGGACAAGCUGGCACCCGCACACACGAUCUUCGCCAGCAACACGUCGUCUCUGCCCAUCACCGACAUCGCCAGCUCCACCAGCAGGCAGGACAGAUUCGGAGGCCUCCACUUCUUCAACCCCGUCCCCAUGAUGAAGCUCGUAGAGGUCAUUGCGACACCGGCGACCAGCCAGGAGACGUUCGAUUCCCUCCUGAACUUCAGCAAGGCGCUCGGCAAAGCGCCGGUGUCCUGCAAGGACACUCCUGGCUUCAUCGUGAACCGGCUGCUGGUUCCCUACAUGAUGGAGGCCCUGCGGCUGCAUGAGAGAGGUCACGGCUCCAAGGAGGACAUCGACGUCGCCAUGAAGCUGGGCGCCGGCUACCCCAUGGGACCGUUUGAGCUCAGCGACUACGUGGGGCUGGACACGAUGAAGUUCAUCAUAGACGGCUGGAGUGAGAAGGACCCCGACAACCCGCUCUUCGCUCCCAGCGAGCUCCUGAACAAGCUGGUGGCCGAGGGCAAACUGGGCAAAAAGACGGGGGAAGGGUUCUACAAGUACAAGUGAUUGGAGCGGUUCUGGGCGUCAGCGGGAACCGGACAGAACAGUGCCUCUCAGGACAUUUCCAUCCAGACCAUCGCUGAAUGUAAAACCUGAAUAAACAGAUUAAAA